AUGCUUGCCGUUACGUUAGCAGUGGAAAGCUGCUUGCAUUCACUUACACAACAAGUGACCAUCGAGAGCGGUCGUGUCUUAAGUGCAUUUGUGUCUCCGUGCACCAACAACCACGAUGCCCAACUGCCCCAAGUGUGAGAAACCAGUCUAUUUUGCUGAGAGGAAAACGUCGCUGGGUAAGGAUUGGCACAGCGCCUGCUUGCGAUGUGAGAAGUGCAACAAAACCCUGACCCCUGGCAACCACGCCGAACACGAGGGCAAGCCGUACUGCCACCAGCCUUGCUACUCCUCGUUGUUCGGACCUGGUGGCUUUGGACGCGGUGGAGCGGAAAGUUACGUGUAUAAGAAGUAAAACAGAAGAUUUCCGAGACUGGACUUCUGACCUCCGUUUGAUUUUUCCACCUUCAUAUCCAACCCAUAAAUCAAUAUUCAACGUGUAAAAAAAACUAUACUUUAGCUUGUCACAAAUUUUCAAGUUGUCGGCUGAAAUGUGUGUUCAAAAUCUAUGUUUUCAAAGCUUAGGCGUGACAUUGAAUAACACGCUUUAUAAGUAUGAAUAAUUAUUCAACAUGUUAAAAAAAUAGUAAUGUUGUCCAAUGCAAAUUUCCAGGUUCUCAGUUAAAUCUGAUUCAAAAUCUGUAUUUCGAAACACUUACCUAUUCGUAUGUUUGUUUGUGAUGACAUAAAUCACUGCUAUAAGAAGAUGUCUGUGGAUCUACAACAAAUAUCCGAGGAACUGGAAGUUUUAUAAAUUCUGCUUUUAUUGUAAUCUGCUUUGCGUCUAAUUUCUGUCCUACAAGAUUUUGAUAUCUGCCCUUGUGCUUUGAAUUAUGACAGUCUGGGCUGUUUCUUAAAAGCGAUGUGGUUAGACUGACUUAAACUUUUGAGGAAUACAUUCACUGAUUACUCCGAGGCAGUUAUAUAACAGUUGUGUAUAAUUAAUGGACUUCUAAUUUUUAUGAUGUAUUAAAAACAUGGUUGUAACUAAAUAUUUCCAGAAAGUU